UAUAACGCCAACCAAAUUACUAUAAGAUUAGGCGAACACCAUCUCUAUAGAGACGAUGACUUCUCUAAACCCAUUGAAAUGAAAGUAUUGGAUGUGAAACAACACUCAAAGUUUCAAAGACACGGAUUCUUCAAUGAUAUCGGUUUGAUUCGACUCAAAGACAAAGUUGUCUAUUCCUCAGCUGUUAGUCCCAUAUGUUUGCCAAAUGCUAUCGAGAGAUCUAAAGAUUUAGUCGGAUAUAUGGCAACUGUGAUCGGUUGGGGAACAGUGCAAUAUGGAGGUCCGGGAAGCGGUGUUUUACAACAGGUGUCGAUACCUAUUUGGGACAACAAUGAAUGUGAUAAAAGAUAUUUCCAACCAAUUAAUAAAAACUUUUUGUGUGCCGGUUAUGUGGAGGGAGGCAAAGAUGCCUGUCAGGGAGACAGCGGUAGUCCACUCAUGGUAUCAGAUUUAAAUAGGAAAUGGACAUUAUAUGGCGUUGUAUUCAUUCUUGAAGACAUUGUCUCUUGCCGUAAACCCUAUGAACAAUAUGCAAAUCUCGUGUUUCAGAAACAGAAAACUUGUCAAUUCUUUAAGAAUGGAUAUGUAUAUCGAGGCCCCUUGCCCAUUAGGAUCCCAAUCCCUAUCGAACCGGUAAUCCCUUUAAAUAUCGACCAUAAGGUAGUGAUAGAAGCGGCAAAAGAAAGUCAAAAGAUAAUCAAAGAGCAAUUGACUAUUGAGAAAGAAUUAAUCCGAGCGGGAUUUUUCCAGCGAAACAAUACGAUGGAGAGCUUUCAUCAGGCAUUCUUCGGACCCGACGACCCAGAGAUUCAGAAAUUGUCACUAGAUGGUUUGGUCGCUUUGGAAACUACACUACAACUCGCUAAAAGAUAUCAAUUAACUCCAUUGCAAGCGAGAGAUGGUUUGCAUAAGUUUAGUCUCUUAGACACCCCUCUGGAACGCCACUGUCCGGAGACACCCAUAUGUGACCGACAGUCCAAAUAUCGCACAGCAGACGGCAAUUGCAAUAAUCUUGAUUAUCCUCUUUGGGGGAAAUCUUUGACACAAUUUAAUCGUUUGGUUCCGCCUUCUUAUGCCGAUGGACUCAAUGAUCUGCGGGUAUCGGUUGACGGCGGGGAACUGCCGUCGGCCAGAGAGGUCUCCUGUAAGUUGGCCUUAGAUUUUGAUAUUCCCGACCGAAAGUUUUCACUACUGGUCAUGCAAUGGGGACAGAUUAUAGAUCACGACUUGACUCUCACCGCUUCGACACGAGCGACGACGGGAGAGGGUUUGCAUUGUUGUAAUGAAGAGGCGCGAAGGGCCACAAAGAUCAGACACCCGGCCUGUAAACCCAUUAUUAUUCCACGAGACGAUCCAUUCUAUGCACAACACAACCACUUUUGCAAUAACUUUGUCCGAAACGCCGCCGGACCUAAAUAUGACUGCAAUUUAGGUAAAAUGGCAUACAUUUAA